UCCAAACCCGGAAGCGUGAGGCUCGCGCCCACAGCGCGAACCGUUCGUUCGGGAAGGGGGAGCGCGGCCGCUGAAGCUUGUCGGGCCGCGCGCCCCGCCCCUCGGAGGCCCGCCCUCCAGCUCGCCCCCACAGCCCUCUGGGCCUGCGGGUACUGAGCGCACCGGCAGCCCGCAGUGACCCAGACUCAGCCACCUCCCCGGCCUCUACUGGAGGGAAGAGCCGCCUUGGGGAGGAGGGAAAGGGACGUGGGGGUGGCCACGGCAGGAUGAAUUAUAACUACAUCUGUGCACACUGGUUUCAGCAUAAGACUGGCUAAUGAUAUUCUUGGUACUUUUGAGAACAGCUUAUGAUUUUAACAAACUUUUCUAAAAUUACCAUCCUAGCCUUGAGAGAACAGACCAUUAUUGCAAUGUCAAGGUUGUAAAUCAAGUUUAAUAACGGAUGUCUACAUCUCUCAUCUCCUUGGGGUUUAGUAACCCCCCCGAGAUUAAAGGGUUAACCUCCAUUUCAGCUAAUCAUGGGAGAGAUUAAAGUCUCUCCUGAUUAUAACUGGUUUAGAAGUACAGUUCCCCUUAAAAAGAUCAUUGUGGAUGAUGAUGAUAGUAAAAUAUGGUCGCUGUAUGAUGCAGGCCCCAGAAAUAUCAGGUGUCCUCUGAUAUUUCUUCCCCCUGUCAGCGGAACUGCAGAUGUGUUUUUCCGGCAGAUUUUGGCUUUGACUGGAUGGGGUUACCGGGUUAUAGCUUUGCAGUAUCCAGUUUACUGGGACCAUCUUGAGUUCUGUGAUGGAUUCAGAAAACUUCUAGACCAUUUACAACUGGAUAAAGUUCACCUGUUUGGGGCUUCUUUGGGAGGCUUUUUGGCCCAGAAAUUUGCUGAAUACACACAUACAUCUCCCAGAGUGCAUUCCCUCAUCCUUUGCAAUUCCUUCAGCGACACCUCCAUCUUCAACCAAACUUGGACUGCAAACAGCUUUUGGCUGAUGCCGUCAUUUAUGCUCAAAAAAAUAGUUCUUGGAAACUUUUCCUCUGGCCCAGUGGACCCUAUGAUGGCUGAUGCUAUUGAUUUCAUGGUGGACAGGCUGGAAAGUUUGGGUCAGAGUGAACUGGCUUCAAGAUUAACCCUGAAUUGUCAAAAUUCUUAUGUGGAACCUCAUAAAAUUCGGGACAUCCCUGUAACCGUUAUGGAUGUAUUUGACCAGAGUGCGCUUUCAACUGAAGCUAAGGAAGAAAUGUACAAACUGUAUCCUAAUGCCCGGAGGGCUCACCUUAAAACAGGAGGCAAUUUCCCAUACCUGUGCAGAAGUGCAGAGGUGAAUCUUUAUGUCCAGAUACAUUUGCUGCAAUUCCACGGAACCAAAUACGCGGCCAUUGACCCGUCGAUGGUCAGUGCCGAAGAGCUCGAGGUACAGAAAGGCAGCCUCGGCGUCAGUCAGGAGGAGCAGUAGUUGUGGUGUUGGCUAUUAAUGAGGCGUGAUCCAGAGAGUUCUCGCACAAUCAUGGCGUCAGUGCCCGCCCGGUGGCCUCUGCAUUCGGCUGUCAGGCUCACUGGUUAUCACUGUGUUUGGAAGCAGGACUGAUUGUCAUCUUUGUGACAGGCGGCAGCUCUUCUAAGCCAGUGUAACUGUUCCCUCUUCGGUUUUUUUAGCUUUUGAAUUUGAGGAAGUACUUUUGAAGACUCCCAUUUUAAGAAUUGUGAAGAUUUUGCUACCAAAAGUCAUCACCACUGUGUUCUUAAGCAAAUAUUAAUUUCUGAAGUUUGGGAUUUUGUGGGUUGUUGUUUUUUUGGGGUUUUUUUUACCUUUUCUUUUUCUUUCCUCCUUUCUUUCUUUUUAUGUUAUUUGCUGUAAAUGCUGCACAUCCAGGUUGUGUAUCAGAAGGACAUCGGUUAUUUUUAUGCUUUCUUGGUUAUGGGUGUUAUCAAGUGCCAAGCUGUCACCCCACCGUGUGCUCUCCUGCAACAUCAACUAGUUCUAAUUUCCAGUUACAGAGAAUCAUUUUCAGUUUUAUCUGUUGUCUUUCUAACCAUUACAGUCAUUUGGAAUAAAAAUUCAAUUUCAGUGAA